AUGCAGCACCAGGAAUCGACGAGCCCUCCUGGGUGGGCGCAGACGCUAUUGCAGCAGUUAGCACAGACCCAGGCUAUGCAGAACGAAGAACGAGAGCGGCACUACCAACAGGAAGCUGCACAAGAAGAACGGAUGCGUCGUCUCGAAGCAAUGUUAGAGCGCCAAGCCUCACUGGCCACGACGACAACCACGAUGAACGAAGGACAGGCGACACCAGCCCGAUCGGCUACCGAACCGGUGCCGAUUCCUCCACGAACAGAGAUUAUUCACCGACCGAAGCCCCGUCUCCCGGACCCAAAGCCAUUCGGUGGAAGCACGAGCGACUGGCCAACCUGGCGAAUUUCGAUUGAGAACAAGCUUAGUGUAGACGGCGAAGCUAUUGGUUCUCCUCAGGACCAAUUCAUAUAUGUCUUCUCUAGACUAGAGAAGCUUGCAUGGAAGAACACCGGAACCUUUGUGAAACUCCGCCGAGACACUGGCGAACCACAGGCCUUACUCGACUACCUCGAGAAUAUCUAUGGAGACCCGAAUGUCAAAGCACGCGCAGCUAGGCGACUCCACCAGAUUCGGCAACCGGAAGAUAUGAGCUUUUCUAGGUUCCUACCACGGCUAGAAAAGGAAUUCGCUGAUGCCGACGCUCUCGAAUGGCAUGACGAGGCCAAGCGACAGAUUCUCCUCGGAGCACUUAAUAAGACAAUGACGAAUUCGUUGAUGAAUCGGGGCAUUCCCGCCACCUUUUCGGACCUGAUCUCUCGGCUACACGAGAUAAGCUCCGAUAUGGAUGCCCUUAAUAUCACUAAGGCAGAACGGCCGCGUCGGCCGCGUUCGCCUAGACAGAACGACGACGAAAUGGAUUGGACGCCUACUGUGUCGGUAAACCGAACCGAAACCCACACGAAACACCACCGAUCUAGGACUGGAGCGCCGAGGCAGGCUCAAUGGGUUAGCCAGGACGUACUAGAGCAGCGGCGGGCCGAUGGGAAGUGCCUACGAUGUGGAAAGAUCGGCCACUUUAUCGGGACGUACGCGCUACUGCCAGCACAACGGCCGGGUAGUGCACGAAUUGCGUCCGCUUCGAGCAAGAAGGGAAAGGAGCGUACGGUCAAAGUGAAGAAAUCGAAGCCUGUGAGCGACGAAGAUUCCGUCACAACAGCCUCUGGCGACGAAGAUAUGACUACCGAGGAUGGAUCGGGAAAAGAGUAG